GAGCUGGGAAGCCAAGGCACUUAGACACACGUGGCUGUAUCUCAAUCCAGGUUACUUUGCAGCAUCACGGAAAUGAUCAAUUCACAUGCAGGCACACAGCUGAGCUCCUCCUUUUUCUCUGCCAUCUCCUCUGAAAGCUGGCUCUGCAGGAGAGGGAAAUUCCUUUGCUUAAACAUUAAAACCCAACCUCAAGAGGGCUGGACCAAAAAAAAAAAAAAAGAAAAAGAAAAAGAAAAAAAGAAAAGAAAGAAAGAUGAAAAGCUCCCCAAGGCAAGCAUACUCCUCCUCCUUUUCAAGCUAGUUUCCAUUUAAAUGUCUGCAAACACGGCCUCCCGCAGCCGUUUGCUCUGUGGCUGGUGGGAGGUCUCUGCUUUUCAGGGAGAGGAUAUUUCAGCAACUAGACACCAGUCAGCUGAAGAGAAUCCACUUUCUGGGCUUUCUCCAUUGACUGUAUUUGUGUUUCUAGCCGGGAAAAUACCUCUUACCUAGUAGCCUAAUAAAAACAACAGGCUUAGUCAGCAUUAGUGGUUGUAGGUGACAUUGGGAGGAAUACCUGAAAGGGGAAAAAGGGGGAGAGGCCAGGUUGUGGUCACUAGCCUGACACGCAUCGCCUUUAGAAGUUGCAGUAGCUGUGAAGAACUGGGUCACUGACAGUGUUCCUACCAGGAUGUUAUUGUAAAGCCUCUGAACAACGCUUGAGGAGAGCGCGCUGUUGAGGAUGAGGAAGUUAGAGGAUGACCUGGAAGGUUCCUCUGCAUGGACCUGGUGACAAAAUUCCCCAAUGUCUGCUGUGCUGCUGGUUUGGGUUGUGCUCCUGCACUUGGGAAUUGACCAGUCCUUGGCCAGAGGAGGCAAGUCAUGGGAACACUGCACAGAUCUCCGUCCCUUGGAUAUUCUCUCUGAAGUGGUGCCCAUGAAUGGGAUGAAGAGUGGGAUACGAAUGAUCCAAGUACAAGGAGCACGAGGCUUUCAGUUCUCUACAAUCCACCCCCGCUUCCUCAGUUUUCCAGCAGCCCGAUUUUUCAUUUAUUGUGACAUCUUCCCAGAGGAAUUCUCUAUUGUGUCCACCCUGAAAAUUUUCCACAUGCAGUCCAAGAGAAACGAGUACAUCUUUACCAUUUUGGAGGAAAACAGUGACACUUUGCUGCUUGGACUCCGAUACUCACGGAAUAAACUUCACUUCAUCUUCUGGAGCAAAGAGCUCUCUAAUGGCUGGCAGACACGAGUCACCUUUCGGGAUGUCUUUUUGGCAGACAAUCAAUGGCACACACUGGUGCUGGCAGUAUCAAAAGGCUCCUUCUCUCUCACUGUGGACUGCAGCAUCCCCACAGAUGUGAUUGUGGAUUCUCCUUUUCCAGCAUCUUUGACUGUGACAGGAUCCCGGUUUUAUGUAGGGAGCAGGAGGAGAAUCAAAGGUUUCUUUACUGGCUUGUUAAGGCAGCUAGUUCUGUUGCCAGGAUCUGAUGCUACCUCAUGGAUGUGCACUGGCAUGAACUUUAAUCUAGCAGUGCUCUCCAUCCCCAAAAUUCUGCAGGAUCUUCCUGUGAAACCAGUGGGCAACGGGCUGCUGAAAUACCCAUACGAAGCAGACAUGAAGGUGACUUUGGGGUCCCGUCCUCCCUGCACCAAGAGUGAAAGUGGCCAGUUCUGGUUUAAUGCUGCUCAGAAAGGAUUGUAUCUCUGUAAUGGAAAUGAAUGGGUUUCCCUGCUAGAAGCCAAAGAAAGACUGGACUAUCUGGAAGAAUAUCAGAGCUUAGUUACAAAUUCUGAAACCAUGGGCAUUGAAAUCUUCAUCAUCCCCAAGGUGGGACUCUUUGCAGCUACUGCUAAUCGAUAUACUCCUCCUGGCUCAGCCAUCUACAAAUGGACCGAUGAGAAAUUUGUGGCUUAUCAAAAUAUCCCCACGUAUCAAGCCCAAUCGUGGAAAUACUUCACUAUUGGAAAAAAGAUUUUCCUUGCUGUGGCUAAUUUUGAACAGAAUGAAAGGGGCCAAGAGUUUUCUGUAAUUUAUAAGUGGAACUACAGAAAAGAGAAAUUCACUGUGUAUCAAAGGAUCACCACACACAGCGCUAGGGAUUGGGAGGCAUUUGUCAUAGAUGGAGAAGCCUUCCUCGCAGUGGCUAAUCACAGAAAAGGGGAUAACCACAACAUAGACAGUGUCAUAUACAGGUGGAACUCCAGGAUUGGGAUCUUUGAAGCCAACCAGACCAUUCCUACCUCAGGAGCCUAUGACUGGGAAUUUUUCACCAUUGGGCCUUAUUCCUUCCUGGUGGUGGCCAACACAUUUAAUGGAACAUCCACCAAGAUAUACUCUCACAUCUACAUAUGGCUCAGUGGAGCCUUCCAGCUCUUUCAAUCAAUCUUGACUUUUGGUGCUGCUGACUGGGAGGUCUUUUAUAUCCAAGACAGAGUCUUCCUUGCUGUGGCAAACAGUCACAGCUAUGACAGUGGAACUGUUGCCCCCAACAACUACUAUGCCAUCAAUUCUUCCAUCUAUGAGCUUAACAUCACUGCACAGAUGUUUGUCAAGUUCCAGGACAUUCUUACCUACAGUGCUCUGGACUGGGAGUUCUUUUCAGUGGGAGAAGAUAACUUUUUGGUCGUAGCAAAUUCUUUUGAUGGUGUGACCUUCUCUGUAAACAGUGUUAUUUACAGAUGGCAAGGAUAUGAAGGCUUUGUAGCAGUUCACCAUCUUCCAACGCUGGGUUGUAGGGACUGGGAAGCUUUCAACACUACAGCUGGCUCUUACCUCAUGUAUUCAAGUGCAAAAGAACCACUCUCCAGGGUGCUGAAGCUAAAAACCUUUUGACCUGGAAAGGGAUGCUUUUGAGUUGCUGCAAACAAGCCUGGUCAUGCAGAGGAACUGCUCUGGGUACUCAGAGCUAGAAUCAGGAAUUUGUACCUUGGAGUCACUGCAAUGGAUGCCACAGGUACCAUAGGAUAGAUGCCUCCCUGGCCUCUCUCAGCUAGGCUCAGCGUGGGGGGCUCUUGGAGAUGUGGUUUGAUUAUCCUGUUUCUUGGAGUGGACUAGGAAAAUAAACUAGAGCUGUGCUACAAUACCAGUGAGUACAGUAAUCUGGAUUACCCCUUCCUACCACAAACCCUAUCAUAUUGUCCAGACCCCAAGGUGCUGCUGUUAUAACUUGUGUUAGGUGCUAUUUUGUCACUGGAGCAGGAAUAUGCUUCUGGUAAAUUGGGGGCUACUGAAAUGUAUUAAAAAAUUGAAGUGUGUGUCUGAUUCUUCUAAGAUCUCAGGAUGCCAACUGCUCCCUUCAUGGGAAGAGCAUGCAUCAUUUUGGACUCAUUCUGACCCAUGUGCUUGCAACACAGUCCACCGAGACUCUAUCAAAAGAGGUGAAAUCCAGUCAAAAGAACUAAAGGACUGAGGUGUUGUGCAGAUAUGGGACUCUGUCACACAUGAGGUUUGUGGGACCACAAGGACCCUGCUGCUUAUUUGAUUUGUGCAAAGUUACACUCAGAAAAUAAUUAAUGACUGACAAUCCAGGGCUUCAAGGGGAAACACCUAAGAUUCAUUGCACAAAUUUAGAAGCCCAGUUACACCAUUAGUAAAAAGUACUGUGGUGCUGUCCUACUAGGGGCAAUGAACAACCCAUACCCAUUUGGGAUGUCACACCAGCAGUUGCUCAAGUCAAUGGGAUAGAGUGAAAGCUCUGCCUUCAUAAAUUGCCUUGGAUCUGUGCUUGAGUCUUCUAGGUUUGUGUUUUCUGGCUUUCCAGCAUAACUGCAAGAAAUGGAAAGCUGUGUUUAAUAAAUUUAUGUUUAGGUUUUAAGAAAAGAACUGGGGCAAAUUGACAUUGGGAAAACCAUUAAUACUUUGUUGUAAGGAUCUGUGACAUUUCUGUAAUAACCUCCAUCCCAGUGUCAUCGGUGCUUUCUCAGUCCUUGUUUCCAUAUUACCUGUGAGCUCCCUGUAGUGUCUGUAUAGCCUUUAAUUGUUAUUGCAAAUGGUUUUAAUCACUGUCUAUAAAUGCUAUGUUUAUAUUGCAUAAAUUGAUAUUAUUGAUAACCACA